UGUUCGCGGCUGAUUCGCAUCCACGUGGGAGGUGGGAGUCUCGUCCCGUUGUUUAUCCGAGGAAAAUGGGUCGGAAAAUUCCAGGCAAGAAGCAUCGGGGUAUAAAAGAUCCCUUUAAACAGCAUGCGAAACGACAGGCAGAGUUAGAGACCAAGAUAAACGAGCCGCCAAAAGAUGUAGAUGAACAAGCGAUACCAAAAAGUUUGGAGAAAGUAGUGAAACUGAAAGAGGCAGUGAAAUCCGGAAAAAUAACUAAGGUUAAGAAAAAGAAAAAGAAGAAGACUGCCCUGAUAUCCGUUGGUGGAGAAACUCCUAAGCCGUUGCAUCCAAAAUCAAAACCAGACAAAGUUGUGCCUAUUUUUCAACAAAGGCCUGGUGAAAGUCAAGAACGAUUCUUGCAUCGAGUUGACAGGGAUACCCAUGCUUUCAUCAAGGAAACUGCAUUUGAGAAAAAAUAUGGGGUCCAAGUAAAUAGAAAUCCUCAAACGGGAAAAAUUGAGGGACUGGAAAAAUGCAAUAGAACUGAGUUGGAUACAAUUGAAAUGUUAAGGGCGAAGCAUAAAAAUAUUAGGAAGAAAAAAAAGAAGAGAGGUGCAGAUGAAAUUAGGAUGACAAAAAGUGAAAAGAGGAAGGAAAAGUUGAGACUGAAGAAAGAGAAGAAGAAACAAGAGAACACAAAUGACUUUGAGAAUCUUAAAGACCAAGUAGAAUUUGGCGAAGUUGCCCAUGAACCACCUCACAUAAACACUAGGCCAAAGGCAGCCGAUUCUACUACUAAUGGAAUGCCUGGCAAAAGGGACCUGCUUCUGCAUUCAUUACUCAAAAACAAUGAGAAAACCAAAGUGGGUUCUCAGAAGUCAGCUUCCAUAGACAGGUCAGGGAAACGUAAGAAUCUGCCAGUUGGUGAAAGAAGACAGUUAGAGAAAGAUCAGAACGAUGUAAUAGAAGCAUACAGGAGGCUAAAAGCACAAAGAUCUACAGACAUCAACUAG